CCCGAGCAGCCCGAGAUCUCACUUACUCUGCCACAGCCUCGAGAUACUGUAUUUCAGGAACACCAAUUCGGAGCUAUGCAGUCUCGUUCCAUGGGUGCCAGCGCCGCGGGGCCCGUCCACAGCCGGCCUCCACUGGCAGCAGCACGACUCUGGUGCAGAGGCAGGCCUGCUGAGUGAGCCAACGGCACCCCGCGGACGUCACCAAGAUCUACAGAGUACACCACACGUACUUCGGUGCCCAGCACCCUUGCACUCGGGCGGUGGGGCUGAUCCGCUCAGGAAAGGCGCCCGAAGCUCCCGAACGCAACGCUGCGUGUUGCCCUGGUGCUCUCGUGGUGUACCGAGUACCCAACGGCAGGACGGCCAGCAUUGGAAUAUCACACCUGGGUAGACAUGCAGGACAGGCUGACAGUAGGCGCAAAGGGCUUCAUCUUAUUAAUAACCAGCUCUACCGUCCACCUGCUGACCAUCCAUGGUUGAAAUGGAUCACCACUUUGCUGCUGCUGUUUACUUCAACGACGUCACUUGCACAGGCCGCACUUGCACUCACUCUCACUCGUAUUGUUGGAGCUGAACAGCCUCACCUCGGCAGGGGGCCGUCCGUACGGUGGCACCUGGCAUCGUCUUCCCUGCCUGCAUCAACUCUACUACCUGCCUCACGCCUGCAACAUCAGGUGGCCACAGCAAGGACACUCCCGCGAUAUCCCCAUGAGCCGAGCUCGCCGCUGCCGUUCUAGCCUGUGCAGAUUUAUGCGUCCAGCCUCCUCGGCUUGUGAUACGGGCAGCUGCUAGGCUCAAGCUGUCAAGGUCGACUGCAACAAGGCUCGCCAUCUACCACUCGGCCCUAGUUCUGUUUCAGGUAUCCUCCCUAAGCUCAGGCCCGUCACUCUGUCGCCGCUGCCAGCUCCCGACUGCAUGCCUGCAUAAAGAUCUGCCUCCCCUGGUGACCAAGCACCACCUAGUCACACGGCCCUCUCACAUCACAACUCAAUUCCUUCUGCCACUUCUCUUUUUUUUUUAUUUGCUUGCGGUUCGCAUCGUGUCGACGUCCGGCUCUCUUGGAGGACGCCGAUCGACAUCUACGCCAUCAGACCGAGAGACCAGCCAGCUGGCUUCCGGCCUUGGCAUGAAGGGCACGAUGGCCACCGAUAACAAGCACCCAUUUUGGGGUUACCCGGCCCCGAUUAAAGGGCCCGAGGUUGCGUACAGGGGCGAGCGCAAGUCGAACCCGGCUAUGCGAGGAUGGAUCUUGAUGCCGGCAGCCUACCUCCUCGAGCAGGUCCGCCCUCUGAGGGAGAUGAUCUGGUCCAACGCCGGCUUCUCCUCCCUGCGUAAGCUCCGGGAGAAGAUCGAGGACUACGAGCCACUCCAUGAUCCCACAGUGGUGCCGCUUGACCACAGGCUGCUCUUCGCAACAAAUGGUGGUGGGGCUCCUCUUACCAAUGGGAAUGGCAACGGGAAUGGACACGUGCCGGGACGAGAUGCAGAAGCCCUGGCGGACUCAUCUCCUCAUACCAUCUCGCUCACCAGUUAUUAUUCGGCCAAGACGUAUCGCGAACUGUACCUAAAAGGCGACCUUACGCCUACCGACGUCGCCAAAGCCAUACUGCCUCUUAUUCGGCGAGACAUCGAGCCCAAGGGCUCUCACCACCUCAUUUUCUUCGACAGCAAGGCCGAGCUAGUCCUCAAAGCUGCCGAUGAGUCGACUCAGCGAUAUCGCGAGAACCGCUCUCGUGGUCCGCUCGAUGGCGUACCUUGUGCCAUCAAGGACGAAUACGACCUCGACGGAUACAAGUGUUGCCUCGGAUCCGUGAAUGACUACACUGCAGAACUUGCUGAUGAGAACGACAGCAUCACGUCCUGGUGCGUCAAGAAGCUGUUGGAAGCGGGUGUCGUCAUCGUGGGCAAGACGAGCAUGGUCGAAUUUGGGCUGGACACGCCCGGGAAUAACCCUAAUUACGGCACGCCGCGCAAUCCAUUUAAUGAGGACUACUACACCGGCGGUUCCUCGUCGGGCACGGCAGCGGCCAUCGGGUCCGGGCUGAUCCCCAUAGGGCUGGGCAGUGACGGGGGUGGGAGCAUACGGAUCCCGGCGAGCUUCUGCAACAUCUUCGGGCUCAAGCCGACUCAUGCGCGCGUUUCGUUUUGGCCCAGCGCCAACCACUCCAACACGUGCGCCGUCAACGGGCCCAUGGCCGCCGACAUGGAGUCUCUGGCUACCUUGUUCGAGGUCAUCGCUCGGCCGCAUCCGGACUCGCCCUUCGCCUUCCCCAGCGUCCCGAGGCUGCCUGCGGCGGAGCAACUGCUCGCUCAGACGCCCAGCCGGCCCAAGAUCCUUGGUAUCUGCCGUGCGUGGUUCAACGACUGUGCACCGGCGGUCAGGGAGUUGUGUGAGGGCAUGGUGGACACUAUGGUAUCCAAGCACGGGUAUAAGGUCGUUGACAUCCAGAUCCCGUUCCUGGCCGAAGGGCAAUUCGCGCACGCGAUGACGGUCCUGACUGACGCGUCUACAUUGCUGCCCAAGUACGACAACCUCACCUAUGCCAACCGCAUCCUCCUUGCACUGGGACGCACAACACCGGCAACGGAUUACCUUCUUGCGCAGAAGAUGCGACGCUGCCUCAUGUCGCACCUAUCGUACCUGUGGCAACAGAAUCCCGGGAUGCUGAUCAUCACGCCGACAACGGCGUGUGCCGGUUGGCGGAUCCGGGACGGCGGCAAGGCGGGCAGCAGCAAUAGCGGCGAGAUGCGGGUGGGCAUCUCGGAUGGCGACAAGACCAUCGAGACGAUGCGGUACGUAUGGAUGGGCAACUUCUGCGGCCUGCCGUCCAUCAACGUCCCUGCGGGCUACGCGACCCCGGACACCAACGGCAAGGGGGAGAGGGUGGCGGACAAGGGCACCGUCGGCAAGAUCCCCGUGGGUUUCAUGGCCACGGGCGAGUGGGCGUCUGAGAAGAGCCUGAUCGAAUUUGGAGUCGAGGCCGAGCGUGCUGGCGCUGAGUGGAGGGAGAGGCCUAAGGGGUGGGUCGAUGUUGUUGAACUUGCCAAGAAGGCAAAAUAGGCCGUCUCUAAGGUGGUCACCUAGACAAGUGACGGCCUCGGCCACCGACCUUUUCGCCAAGUGCGGCCUGGACUUACGGGUCCGUCAUGGACCUCGUCGCGCGGGUCUGUCCCGCGCUUCAAAGUUGCACAUUCGCGUGCACAGGUGGUUUGAGGGUGACAUGAAAAUGUCGUAUUCGGGGGAGGGGUGGGGUUUUCAUUUAAUCUAAAACAAAGAGGUCACUCCUUUCCAGAUACCAUGAGGCUUAGAAGAUGGAUGUCGGCCGAGGAAUGUGGCGAAGCUUAUACACCACGAUCCUUCCUCCGAUGAUCACGAUCACGGAGCUGCAUAUAUUAGACAGAGGGUGCAAUUUUGCAUCAACAUUGUUCGAUGAUUUUUCUCA